AUGCGAAACAUGAGUUUGUAUGCCUUUGUCUGCGCGUUCGCUACAAGCGUUGCUGCCAUGCCAGCUUCCGCAGGCCAUGGCGCAACGGGUUUUUACAAGCGCAAUGCGCAAUACUUCUACCUACGCGCCAAUUAUCCCGACCAGCCGUGGCACGGAAGACACGUUGUAGCGCUUCCUACUUCUCACCAACUGGGCUUCGAGAACUUCACUGUUCAUCCCGAGACUCCGCCUCUCAAAUUCGUGCCAUUCAGGCUCAGAAACGGCAACUUUGCUCUUCAAGGGGAAGGCAGCAACGAAGACCCAAUCAAGGCUACCUAUUUGGCUGCACUAAAGUCAACAACUGGUACUAGGACUGCAAGCAUGGCUGUAAUGUACUUCUCCAAACCUAGCAAACAUUCUGAGACCAUAUUCGAUGCUUGCCCGGAAGGCUACGAAUGCGCUGUCGAUCAGUGGAUGUUCGAUGCUGCUGUCGAUAAUGUGUAUCCAAACUUUCGAUUCGAGGGCUUCAAUGGUAGUUGGAUCCCUUUCAAGGAUGCAGGGACAGAGGGCUGGCAUGUUUACUGGAAGGGAGAUGCAGGUCCAAGCCACCCUAUUCAGAUUGAUAUGGUGCCAGUGAACGGAAGUUAG